AUGCCCUCCCAAGUGUUCAGUCUCAGCCACAGCCCCUUUCUGAUGUUCAGCAGUCAGAGGGGCUCCGACCGUCUGAACUGGAACCCUGCAUCCUGCUACAGUGUGGGAACACAGCACACUGUUUUACCAGUUACCAAUUACCAAAGUGAAGAUCUCUGUGAUGGGGAGCUGCUGCAGCUUAGCAAGUGUGAGGAGCCGUUAGAUGACAGCUACAGAUGGAAGGCCCAUGGGGCUUUUGUCAGGUCAACAGUGAAGUGCAAGGAGGAAGACUCACAUUUUGGAGCAACAUUGAAUUGCAGCAGCCCUACUCCCGAAGCCCUGUUUGAUGCCCUCGACAAGGAACUGUUCUCUAAAAAACUUUGGCGUCCUGUAAAACAUUUUUCAACCCCAACUAAUGUAAACAUAUCUUUCACCCUGGUGGGAAUUUUAGGAGUGGAUGAAAAAAGCCAGUCCCUUACCGUUUUCUUAUGGCAAGUCCUUGAGUGGAAUAUAGAGGGGUUGAGUUGGGAUGAGGAAGAAUGUGGAACUUGGAGAGUCUCUAUCCCUCGAGACAAUCUGUGGGUCCCAGAUGUCUACAUCUCAGAGUUUAUGGAUGAGGACCAGUCUCCCCAGACUCCCUAUGUGUACUUAGACAACAAGGGUCAUAUAUACGACGAUAAGCCGCUCAGGGUGGUCAGCACUUGUCAAUUAGGAAUCUACACGUUCCCCUUCGAUGUCCAAAACUGCUCUUUGACCUUUGGAUCCUAUCUGCACUUUGGUUCGGACAUAAGGAUGGUUCAAGACUACGAUGUCAAGGGCAUUCUGGAGGAGUCCAGAGAAGUGAUGCAAACCAGCGGGGAAUGGGAGCUUGUUGACCUCAAGGCAGCUCCGUCAGUCCUUGAGUUAGAUGUGGGCAGCUACUAUGAGAUUAAAUAUUUUCUUGUUCUUAGGCGUGUACCACUCCUCUAUGUGGUGAACCUCUUGAUUCCCAGCUGCUUCCUGAUCACAGUGGACCUCUUCAGCUUCCUGUUGCCCCCUGAGAGUGUGGACCGCUCUGCCUUCAAAAUGACCCUCAUCCUGGGCUAUGCUGUAUUCCUCCUGCUAAUGAAUGACCUGCUGCCUGUCACUGGAGAGACCGCACCCCUAAUCAAUAUUUUCUUCUCCAUCAGUUUCGCUCUGAUGGUGGCCAGCCUGUUGGAGACGGUGUUUGUCACUCAUGUCCAGUUCAGUUCCAGUCGCUACAAUGCGGUGCCUCACUGGCUCAGCGUCCUCGUGCUGCAGUAUCUGGCUCGAGUCGUUUGUAUCCCUCCCAAACAACCCAGCAACCGAGUCACAGUCAUCAUCAACCCCAAGGCUACAGAGAUGAGCAUCAGCAUCUCGCCUACUGCUGGUGAAAAGGCACAGCCUCCGAUCCACAUCUCAGCAGAAGUUUCUCCAGAGAAACCUCCUCCGAACCCGUUGGAGCCGGCACUAGACGAGCUGAGGAAGCUGAGCAAAGAUGUCUUGGCCAUACGCCUCCAGAUGGAUAAACAUUUCCAGGGGAGCGAGAGCUCAAGGGAAUGGCAAAUGGUCGGAGUGGUCAUCGACCGUCUACUAUUCGGCAUCUACAUAGUCUUCAUCACUAUGAGCUUCAUCACUAUUACCUGUCUCUGGAUCUGGAGGAACUAA